ACUUCAGCCGACAGGACCUGGAACUGGCUGAGCGAUCAUUUCUCUGUUUGUUUUCAAUCUCUUAUCGCGAUUGCCUUAUGUUGAUUGCGUUUUCUUUAAAAAGGCGCUAGUGAAGCUAAGUCUUCGGACAAUAUAACACCCUAGUUUCGUUUCAAUUACCAAGUAAUGAGCCAUCGGGAGAGAUGGUGUCCUAUAAUGGGCUGAUUCUGCCGCUGCUCCAGCUGUUUUGUGUGGCAUUUUGCUAUGGAACUCCAAUAAACAAAAACCCUGGCAACUCCAGCGCGGCGAGACCCCCUGUCGUCUUGAUUCCAGGCGACCUGGGGAACCAGCUGGAGGCGAAGCUGGACAAGCCCAGCGUGGUCCACUACAUCUGCUACAAGAAGACCAAUGACUACUUCACCCUGUGGCUGAACAUGGAGCUGCUGGUGCCGGUGGCCAUCGACUGCUGGAUCGACAACAUGAGGCUGAUCUAUAAUUGGAGGAAGAGGAGGACAGAGGCGCCCCCAGGGGUGAAUGUGAGGGUUCCGGGGUUUGGGAAGACAUACCCCUUGGAGUACCUGGACCCGUCGAAGCAGAGCGUCGGGAUGUACUUCUUCACCAUAGCGCAGGCGCUGGCAGAUUGGGGGUACACUCGAGACGACGACUUACGGGGAGCUCCUUACGACUGGCGCAAGGCUCCGAAUGAGAACAAGCCGUACUUCCUGGCCCUGCAGCAGAUGAUCGAGGAGAUGGCGCACAAGGCGGGCGGGCCCGUGGUGCUCAUCGCCCACAGCAUGGGGAACAUGUACGCCCUCUACUUCCUCAGCCAGCAGCCCCAGUCCUGGAAGGACCGCUACAUCAGGAGCUUCGUCUCCCUGGGGGCCCCCUGGGGGGGCGUGGCCAAGACCCUGCGCGUCAUGGCCUCCGGCGAUAACAACCGCAUCCCGCUGAUCAGCUCGCUGAAGAUCCGCGCCCAGCAGCGCACGGCGGUCUCCACCCCCUGGCUCCUCCCCUACGGCAGCGUCUGGCCCGCCGACAAGGUGCUGGUGUUCACGCCCAACGAGAACUACACGCUGGGCGACUACCAGCGCUUCUUCUCCGACAUCGCCUUCGAGGAGGGCUGGGCCAUGCGCCACGACACGGAGCCGCUGGUCAACGUGCUGGAGCCGCCCGGCGUCCCCGUGCACUGCCUGUACGGGACGGGCGUGGACACGCCCGAGGCCUUCCACUACGGCGCCGGCUUCCCCGACGUGGAGCCCACCGUGGACUACGGUGACGGCGACGGGACGGUGAACCUGCGGAGCGCCUUGGCCUGCCAGCGCUGGGUGGGCCGCCAGACGCAGCCGGUGCACCUGCAGGCGCUGCCGGGGAGCGAGCACGUGUCCAUGCUGCUCAACUACACCACCAUCGCCUACAUCAAGACCGUGCUGUUCACCCCCUGACACGCCCGGCCAGGUUAACCCUGCCCCCCCUCCCUCAGCCUCCGCCAAUCGCAACAGCGGGGGCGGGGGGCGGG